AUGGCCGCAGCGAGCAGUCAGUUUCCCUCAUGACUCCGUCUCGAAACGGCGCGCAGAUGAUUCAGGCAAAGAGCAAGUUUCGGUGGCUUUUGCCCCGACGAGAGUGAACGUGGACAAGUAUUUGGAGCGGCUUAUGAACAUCGGAAAGCUCGGAAGCGGCUUCACGAGCACCAUCGACGAGAACGAGAUAUCCGAUCUGAUCGGCGAGUGCCUGCAGGUGUUCCAGAAGCAGGCCAUGAUGAUCGAGUGCUCGCCGCCCGUCUCGAUCGUCGGAGACAUCCACGGACAGUUCGGCGACGUCAUGCGCAUCUUCAACACGAUCGGAUUCCCUCCGGACGUCAACUACCUCUUUCUGGGCGAUUAUGUGGAUCGCGGACAGUUCAGCAUCGAGACAAUUCUGUUCCUGAUGUGUGUCAAGGCGAGUUGUCUGUCCCGGUGCUCCAGAGACUGUUGAUUUCAGAUGAAGUAUCCGGAAAACUUCAUUCUGCUCCGUGGAAAUCACGAAACAAAGUUGAUCAAUCGCAUCUACGGAUUCUACGAUGAUCUCAACAAACGAUUCGGAUCUCCGAGACUCUACGACGACUUUACGGUAUUCUUCGGAAACAGCCACUGACUCCAGAAGCCCUCGAAUCUUUGCAGAAAAUGUUCGAAAUGAUGCCCUUGACUGGGCUCGUCGGAAAACGAAUUCUCUGCAUGCACGGCGGGCUCUCCAACGACCUGAUCAAUGCUCCGAAGCUCGACAUUCUCAACACGUUCGCCCGUCCUAUGCACGAUCCGCCCAAUCCGUCGUUGGCCAUCGACGUCCUCUGGGCCGAUCCGGACGUCAACACGAAGGGAUUCAAGGGGAACAUCAGAGGAUGCAGCUGUACUUUCGGCCCGGACGUCGUCGCGCAGGCGUGCGAGAAGUUCCAGCUGGAUCUGAUUGUCCGCGCGCACCAAGUCGUCCAGGAUGGUUACGAAUUCUUUGCCAAUCGGAAGCUCGUCACUCUAUUCUCUGCUCCGCACUACUGCGGACAAUUUGACAAUGCGGGUGCCGUCAUGCAAGUCACUAAGGAUAUGGUCUGCUCUUUCAAGGUUCAUUUUGUGCUCAUUCUGCUUUUUGCAAUUUUGGUUGUUUCAGAUUCUUCGUCCAGAGUUCCCAAAUGUAAAGAUCGCUCCGAGUGGCCAGAAGUCGACCACGACCAUCCUCAUGACGCCGACGUGA